AUGACUGUCUCCUAUAACUUGGACGUCUCCUCCGCCUCGAUCAUCUCAUUUCUUCGCUUGCAAUUACGCUGGAAGGGCUCUAUCUGGAAGUAUCUUCUCAAAGUGAGUCCUCGUAGUUUCUGAACUUUGUAAUCACGUAUUCAGGAACUGUUCAUAUUCGUUUUUGCGUUCGUUUUCAUCUCAUCAAUCUACCGAAGCAAUUUGAUCAUCGGUGAGAACACGCGAAAGUAAAUACGAAUUCCCCACUCACUUUCAUGAAUAUCAUCUUUUUGCAAGGAUAUGGGAUAACUUUGCCGCUCUGUUCGAUCAGACGAUGGAGUUCAUUCCGCUCACUUUCAUGCUCGGAUUCUUCGUCACGAUCAUCGUCCGCCGCUGGAAUGACAUUUUCGCCAACCUCGGAUGGGUCGACAAGUGCCUCUCCCUUCCCCUUUCCCUCGCUCCCAUUCCCAACGUUCCCUUUUCAGCACUGCCAUCACUGUCGCCAACUACAUCAGAGGAACGGACGACCGCACGCGAAUGCUCCGUCGGAAUGUGAUCCGGUACAUGGUGCUCACUCAGGUGCUCGUUUUCCGUGACAUUUCCCUUCAAGUUCGUCGCCGGUUUCCAACCCUCGAGUCGAUCGUUUCCGCAGGUACCGUAAACGUGCUCUAACACUUUUAGAUUUUGUUCGGUUGAGGAUUCAUGCUAGAGCACGAAAAGGAUGCCCUGUACAGCGUGGCGUGCAAGUAUUCAAAGUACUUCGUUCCGAUUCAAUGGAGCACAGGACUGCUCGUCGAGGCGAGAACCGAGGGGAAGAUUGCGGCCGAUCUGUUGAUGAAUGAGAUCGGAAAAAGCAUUAUAGAAUUCAGGAAAGGGUUGGCUCUUUUGAGCAACUAUGAUUGGGUUCCGAUUCCAUUGGCAUACCCGCAGGUACAUACUCCCAAUGAGUCACUUCCUCUCCAUACGGUCCCCCCUUCUCAGGUCGUAUUCCUGGCUGUUCGUUCCUACUUCUUCAUGGCACUCAUCGCUCGUCAAUCCGUACUUCUUGACGGAAAGCCACCGGAGCAGCCGAGCAUCGUGAGUUGAGAAGAACUAAAGAGAAUACCGAUGAGUUCGUUCAGUUGUAUCCCACGGUUCCGUUCGUGAUGUCGGUUCUUCAAUUCAUUUUCGUGGUCGGCUGGAUGAAAGUGGCGGAGAGCAUGAUCAAUCCGCUCGGAGAAGACGACGACGACUUCGAGUGCAACUUCCUUCUGGACAGAAACUUGGCAGUCGGCCUCACGAUCGUUGACGACUGCUACAAUCAGAUUCCAGCACUUGAGAAGGACAUGUUCUGGUGCUCCGGUACGCUUUCCCCCCAUUAUUUUCAUUAUGUUUUCCCGUUUUCCAGACGUCGAGCCUCUGUACUCUGUGGACACGGCAAUGAUUCCGAAGAACCCACAAGUUGGCUCAGCUGCCAAUUAUGAGUGAGUUCGACGUCCUCCUCUCCGAACAAUUUCAAUGUUUCAGUGUGAAAACCGAAGAGGAGGUGAUGAUGAUGCCGCACAUGGAUGACGUGGAUCUGUAUGAUUUCGAGUCGACAAACCAUCUGAUUCCGAGGAAGACGUUCUCGGUCAUCUCGAUCGGACGGCAGUUCGGCAGCCGCGCCAGCCUCGCUUCCCGCAAACGAAGCAUGAUGUUUGAUCAGUUGAGGGGAAAAGUGGCCAGGAAACAGUGAGAGACUCUUUCGUUUUCAAUCCAGAAAUAAUCGGAUUCAGAAACCGAAACAAUAUGUUCCAAAGUUCGGCUUCGCAAGCCACCCUUCACUAUAACUAUGAGUCACAGGCGCCGAGUGAGGUGAGUAGAGGAAUGGAAAGGUUCCUUCGAGCUCGAAAGGCAAAUUCAGAUCAAUCUGUCCACUCUGGAAAUGACUGCACCUGCGAAGAGGAAAACUUCAACUGGAAAGUUGGGAUCGACAAGUGAGAAAGCUUGCUUUGAUGACGUGCGAACAUCGUUCCUUUCAGUGGUGGCCGAGGAACAGCACAAAACAUCGGCGGAAGUUCUUCCGAUUGUGAUCGAGGAGGACGAGGAGAAGUCGCGAAUGCUCGAAAAGGCGCCCAAGUUCGGAUGA